CAACACAUCGAAAGAUGUCAUCGUCAGACUUUGCACAUCUACCAGGCCCCUUAACCAGUGGUAUACACACUGUCGCUGAUACUCUAGGCUUCCCUGCCGAUCAGAUAGUUCUAUUGGGGUGUUUACUACUCAGUAUCGGGAUAUCGUUUUGGUUCCGUACCCUUACGACAGGCACCACUAGGCUCUACACCAGUCUUAUCCUUGGUAUUGGGCUUACAUAUGUACUGCAGGGUCCAUGGAACACCGCUGUUGUAGUGAUGGUAAGUAUCGUUAACUACGUAUUGGUGGUUCUAUUCCCUCGUAAACCAUCGAUAGUGGCCGUAAACAGUAUGUCUAUACUAAGUGCCUUCCACAUCUGGAGGAUGAGGGUUGACUACUUAGGAUGGAAAUUGGAUGUGACAUUACCAUUAAUGAUAUUCACUGCCAAGUACGUUACCUUCGCCUAUGACUGUUAUGAUGGUUGUUUAUUGAAGGAGGGUAAACCAUUGUCAAGCAAGAAACAUGAGGUAGAGUAUCGUAUGAACAACUGCCUACAGGAUGUACCCGACAUUCUCUCGUAUCUGUCCUAUAUAUUCGGCUUUUUCGGUGCUCUCACUGGACCAGUUUUCUUCUGUAGAGAGUAUCUCGAUUGGGUAUAUCUACGUGGAUGCUUCUCCAACCUUGAUCGUAUCAAUACCGUACGUCCCACUAUGAAGGCAUUGGUAAAGUGUGCGGGGUGUGGUAUAGUAAUGCUCUUCGCCAAUACCUUCCUCCCAGUAUCAGGGAUUACAUCCUCAUGGUUUAAUGCUCUGCCGUUCCCAAUACGUGUGCCUCUAUUAUGUAUCACCGUUAGUUGGUAUCGAUCUAGGUUCUUCUUCUGUUGGUAUUUAUGUGAAGCGGUAGGUGAUGCUUGUGGAUUCGGCCUCUCUGAUGCUAAAACGGAAACAUUCAAGCGUGCGGAAAAUGGCGAUGUGCUCCAUGUGGAGUUCGCCUUAAAUGCGCCUGAAGCUCUCAAUAAUUGGAAUACUAGAGUGGCUGAGUGGUUAAAAUACUACAUCUACCAACGAGUCACUAAGCCCUCCUUCAUCACGUUUAUGAGCACCAAGAGCUAUGCUACUCUCAUCACUAGAUCUAUUAGUGCGUUCUGGCAUGGCUUCUAUCCAGGAUACUAUCUCUUCUUCCUAUGUACCAUCCUUGAGUCUACUGCUGAUAGUAUCGGCCGUCAUUAUCUCGGCCCGAUGUUUUACGGGGAUAAUGCACCCUACGCUAAGUACUACCCAUUCUAUGCCUUCUUUGCUUGGGCGCAGACAUUCUUCUCGCUGAACUACUACGGUACAGGGCAAGUGAUGCUAGAGUACGGCGUGACGAUGGAAGUUUGGAGGUCUGUCUACUUUGUUGGGCAUAUAUGGCACAUUGCGGUCAUCGUUUUGCUCCCUAUGUUGGUUCCGAAAAAGAAGAAGAUAAACGGCGAAGAGAUGAAGGAACGAGUGAAAGCUGAGUAA